GAAUUGCAAAAAUCUAAAAAAAUGUCAAGUUGUGCAAUUUCUGUAAAAUAAAAAUUUAAUUGUUUAUUUAUAGUGAUAAUGAGUAAUAUACAAUUAGAUAUAUGGCGUGGUGAGUGGGGCUUAGCAUCUAUAGAUUUAGAAUGUCUAAAAGUUUUGACCUAUAUGAAAUUUAUCGGUGUUCCUGUUAAAGUUCACGAAGCGAACAAUCCAUAUUUCGCACCAAAAGGUCGGCUUCCUGUUAUGAGAGAUGGUCGUCAUGUUCUUACAACAUUUGAAGAAGUCGUUGAUCAUUUGAAGUCAUUACAUUACAGUACAGAUGUUCAUCUAAAUACAAAUCAAGCAGCUGAAGCGAGUGCAUUCACACAGUACCUAAGGGAAAAGCUGUAUCCAGCGUAUGAGUAUGCAUGGUGGGUAGAUGAAAAGAACUACACUGAGCUCACUCGGCCAGCUUACGCAAAAGCGUUACGAAUACCCUUCAACUUUUAUUAUCCUGGAAAGUAUCAAAAUGUGGCAAAGGAAAUGAUUGAUGCAUUAUACGGAGAGCAUACUGAUCUGAAAGAGAUUGAAAAGACUAUAUACCAAGAAGCGGAAAAAUGUCUGGCAACUCUGUCUGAUCGUUUAGGAGAGAGUGAAUACUUCUUUGGCAACCGGCCGUCUUCAUUUGAUGCUGUAGUGUUUGCAUAUCUAGCACCAUUAGUCAAAGCUCCGUUCCCUAACAGUACUCUCGGAAACCAUGUGAAAGGCAUUCCAAAUCUGACCAGGUUUGUUGGGAGAAUUAAUCAGAAGAACUUCAGACAGGUUACUGAUGAAUACAACAGUCAGAACAGCAAGAAGCAAUCGACAGGUACUCAGGCGGACCGCGCGGCCGCCAACUUCCCGCACCAGACGCGCAACAAGAUCCUCGCCGCCAUCUUUGCAGCAUUCGCUAUGACUGGAUAUGCCUUUGCCAGCGGGAUGUUUCAGGAGUUGAAAGAUUUUGAACAUUCCCGAGAUUACAGCGAGAUGUUUGAGAAUGAAGAAGAUGACAACUGAGCCGCGCGUCGCGUGACGUCAUCCAGUGACAGACAAUUUCUUGUGACGGAUGUGAAGCUGUCAUGGCGGCAGUUUUUACGCGCCGAUAAUUGUUUAUUCUCGUAAAAAGUGGAUUAAAAGCAGUGUUUUUGUUUAAAAGUUAAAUUUUCGUUGCAAAUGUUUAGUGUAAUUCAUGCAUUUAUUAAUUCAUAACUGAUUUGAGUAUUCAAUAUUGUUUUUUUUAAAUGUACAUUGUUUCCAUAACAUAUUUUGUUCUAAAAAUUUAUCACUUUAAGUACAUAUUGUUUGUACAAUGGAUGUUCUUUAUGAUUUUUUUAAUUUGCCAUUAUUUAUAACUACCAUAGAGUACGAACAUAUUUUGUCUAUGGUUCACUGCUGUCAUAGAGUAAAGAUUUGUGCAUUUAUUUUAUGUUUAGCCGCAAAAAACAGCUCAAUGUCCUUAAUGAUAGUGUAGCUUUUAGUUAGAAACAGUAUAUUAGUUUGUGAAUUGAAUGUAAUAUUUUAAUGGUAAAAAAGACUAGAAAGUUGUUUUUGUGGUUGGUGCUUGUACUGUACAUGCAGAACUGGUUGUUUUGUUUGAAAUUACUAAAUGGUGAUUGAAUAAAGAUGUUUUGUUGAUUGAA